AUGACGCGCAAGCUGUCGUCCUCUGGUGGCUACACCAACAUGAUCGACCACCUCCGACGUGACCACCAGACUGCCUACCUCUCGAAGUACGAGAUCCGAGCAGUGCGUUCAAGAAACCUCGCCUCGUUCGUUGCUACUGCUGUUGAUGAGCCUUCGCACGAUUUCGUGGAGAGUGCGAUGCAAUUCGUCGACCUUCGCUGGAUUCCACCGACAUCGAACGACGUUGAACGUUUAUUCUCGAGGAAGGGACCGACCACGACUCUCGAGACGCUGGUGAUGCUGGAGUUCAAUGGAAGCUUUGGGACGCUGAGAUUAUAG